CGGCGGCAGCAACCACCGCAGUAGCAGCGCGGGAGGGAAGCGGGCGAGCCAUGGACCUGCGGAAGGUGAGCGAGCUGCGGGCCUUCGUCAAACUCUGCAAGGAGAACCCGGCCAUCCUGCACAGCGACGACCUGCGCUUCUUCCGCGACUGGGUGGAGGGUAUGGGAGGUAAAAUACCACCAGCUCCAUGCAACACUUCUCAGGAAGGAGCUGCAGAAGGAGCUGCGGAAGGAACACAUGAGGCGAAAGCAGAAGAAAAGAAGCCCGAGGAACCGCCAAAGCCAUCAGAACCUGAGAGUGAAGAGAGUGAUGUGGAAAUUGAUAAUGAAGGAGUGAUUGAACCAGACAGUGAUGAACCUCAAGAAAUGGGAGAUGAAAGUCUUGAGGUAACGGAAGAGAUGAUGGACCAGGCGAAUGAAAAAAAGAUGGAAGCUAUUAAUGCACUAGGUGAAGGUGAACUUCAGAAAGCCAUUGAUUUGUUCACAGAAGCCAUCAAGUUGAAUCCACAACUGGCUAUCUUGUAUGCCAAACGAGCCAGUGUCUUUGUGAAAAUGCAGAAGCCAAAUGCUGCCAUCAGAGAUUGUGAUAGAGCUAUUCAGAUUAACCCUGAUUCAGCACAGCCUUACAAAUGGCGAGGGAAAGCCCACAGGCUGUUGGGUCACUGGGAGGAGUCUGCACAUGACCUGGCAUUAGCCUGUAAACUGGAUUAUGAUGAAGAUGCUAGUGCCAUGCUGAAGGAAGUGCAGCCCAGAGCUCAGAAGAUUGCGGAACACAGAAGAAAAUAUGAACGAAAGCGUGAAGAAAAAGAAAUCAGGGAAAGGAUGGAAAGAGUAAAGAAAGCUCGAGAGGAACAUGAGAGAGCUCAAAGGGAGGAAGAGGCUCGACGACAAACGGGAGGACCUCCGUUUAGUGGCUUCCCAGGUGGUUUCCCAGGUAAUUUUCCUGGUGGCAUGCCUGGCGGUAUGCCUGGUGGCAUGCCUGGAAUGGGGGGCAUGCCUGGUCUCAAUGAAAUUCUCAGUGACCCUGAAGUUCUUGCAGCCAUGCAGGAUCCAGAAGUCAUGGCAGCUUUCCAGGAUGUUGCACAGAACCCAGCAAACAUGUCAAAGUACCAGAAUAACCCCAAAGUCAUGAAUCUCAUUGGCAAACUAUCAGCCAAAUUUGGAAAUCAACCCUAAAAUCCCCUUCCAUUGCAAGAGGUGGGGGAUGUUGCAAUAACACAAACCAUUGUACCUAUAAUUCUCAGAAGAGAAUUAGGGUGCUCUGGGUAGAAUCCCUUUUCCUCCUCCCUCCAUGCUUCAGAAAUGGCAGUCACUUUGAUUGUAUUCAGGUUUUAUUUCAAAAAAAUACAUUUCCCCCUCUCAGCACCUUUGCCCAGGAGUUUGUCUUACUCAACAGUAGUGCAGUUUCUUUUAAAUUUUUAUUAAUUGUAAUCUUCCAGUAGAUUGUACCAAAAUGUGUUGGGUGGGUGGGGGGCUAUUUUCGGAGGGGCAGGUUUUUGUUUUUUUUAAAGUAAUAGUGUGGGUUUCUGCUUCCCAGUAACUGAACUCCUUUGUGAGAGCUUGUAACAAUUCUUAAGUUCUAACAUAAGUGAGGAUCAGUAUUUUUUAUUUUAACUGGAAGAAAUAAUACACAAUUAAUAUUCUUUUUUAUAUAUUCACAAGGGUGACUUAAAUAGUUGCAAACAGAUUCUUCACAGAUCAGAUCCCUGCAGCAGUGGGUUAGGCUUUUAAUAUGUUGGUACAAAUGCUGUUGAGGCUGGACUACUUAUACAAUCAAUGUUGAGCCAAUUAACUUGUUAAUUGUCUCUGUCAAGUUGUGUAGGGGGCAAAUGUUUUUAUUAACAUUAGUCAGCUGAAUAACUUCAAAAGGUAGGAGCCUUUCUGUAACUAUUGAACAUUAUUCUUGGUUUAAUUUCCUAAUAUUGUAGGAGGAAAACAAAUUGGUUGUAUUCAUUUUUUAAAUAAUUCAGAAUGAAUAUAUACAGCAUAGAUCUUAAGAUUGGUAAAGUUCUGGAUUCUCAUUUCAUGGAAGCUCUAAUGAACUUACAUAUCUUUUGCAGCUGAGUACUUCCCUAUUUCCAUAUAUCCUAGUUCAGAGUAUCAAAUACUGAUUUUUAUAGGGUGGGGGGUUGUUUGUCAUACUAUCACAUUGAUACUUGUGGAGCUUGAGUUGAAAGGAAGAGAAGGAAGACCUUUGUUGGAAUGGCAAAUAUUCAGUAUAAUUACAGCAUGUGUAUUCAUUGGACACUUUGCUGAAAUGUUCAUUGAUAACUAAUACAAUUAAAUCUGUUAUUUUCUCUCUACUAAAAUUUUGAUUCCCGCUCUUAAUGUUGGAAACCUUGUUAUAAUUACGUCUUGGUCUCUUCUAGGGCUUUUGAAUGUUUCCUGUUCUGUGCUCUUGUAAUUUUGUCUGAACCCAUAAGUGAUGUAUGCUUUCUGUUUGUUUAAAUCUGAACAGAUUUAGGAACCCACUUCUAAAAAUAAACUCCAGAAAGUUUUUUUCUUCUUCAUACAAUAAUAAUCUCAUUGAAUGAAAAAAUAUGAAUCCAUUUUUGCUUAAGAAUUAGUUCUGAAAAUACUUCUAGUUGCCUUUAAAAACAAUAAAGACUGGUUUUGAAUAA